CGAAAGAGUAGUCGGGAUGGAUUCUCCCAUGCCUGGUUCCGCCAGGGAGUCCCCGUGGUGCGUCAUUCGCCAAAAGUCUGUCCAGCACGCAUGCGGCAUCAUCACUACGACCUCGAACAAAACCUCGAUCUGCAACGGGAUAGGGCCCCCCUGGGUCUGUGCUCCGUCAAAUUGGCCGUUGAAUGGAUGCAUCCACAAUCUCACUUUCAUCUUAAUCCGUCGCAGGUCGACGCGAGUCUCAGUUAAUUUCGCUUCGCUGGCUUAACCCCCUUCCCUCCCACGUUUCGGGAGUCGUGACCCUUACACACGUCCACUCUGACACCGAUCCAUUCUUUGGCUCACUCCUUCACGCUUCACUCCUCCUCCCGAUCGGUUAUUCCACCACUAUAGCGAAUAAAUCGACAACGCAUUACUCAAACCACACAUCCUUGCCCGCCGAUCGCAACCCAUGUCCCUGUCGCGAUCACCCUCUCCCCACCCGGGCGGAGGGUGGUCCAGCCCGGGGUUAACCCCCGGCAGCGGCUCCUCGACUCCGCGCGGCUAUUCGCCCGCAUCGCUGGCCCCCGGCGGUAUAUCCUGGGCCGCGGCCAAGGCUAAGAGCGACGAGGUGCGCAAGUAUCCCUCUUUCGCAACACGCAAUAGCGGGUUCUUUUCGCGGCAGAAGCGUAAGAUCUCGGCGCGGUUGCCGACCUUUCGAGGUCAUGCCUCGAAGCACGGGUAUCACGAUAAGGAUGUGUAUGGGCGUGGGCAUUUACAUGCUGCUGCUGGUGGACGGGGGCCUUUGCCUGUGUUGAAGACGUUAUUGCGACGGGGGAGGACGAGGGUGAUAUUUGGAUUGUUCUUGUUGUGGCUUGGAUACCUGUUUUUGUGGUCGACACUCGUUCAAUUAUACCGACGAUCACCGCUAGGCGGAGGUCCCAAAUUCGUGAUCAUCUUGGGAUCAAACGUGGAAGGCGGCGUGAUGGAAUGGAAAGGCGCACGCGAAUGGGCCAUCGAGCGCAAUAGUGUCUGGAAUAAACAGCAAUACGCAAACCGCUGGGGUUAUCACCUCGAGAUUGCCAAUAUGCUGGCCAAGAAGCGGUACUCACACGAAUGGCGUGAAAGCUGGGAGAAAGGCGACGUGAUCCGAGAAGCUAUGCGCAAGUAUCCCAACGCCGAAUGGUUCUGGUGGUUGGAUUUGAAUACCUGGAUCAUGGAGUACAGCACCUCUUUGCAGAGCCAUAUCUUCAAUGACCUCGGAUCGCAUGUCUAUCGCGACAUUAACGAGUACAAUCCCCUCAACAUGACACAUCCACUUCCGGAAUUUUUCCUCGAUGACCUCGGUCGUGCCCUCGAAGGCGAUGGCAAUCCAGACUCGCUCUCUUUACUACUGACCCAAGAUUGCUCCGGAUUCAAUCUGGGCUCAUUCUUUCUACGUCGGUCUCUCUGGACUGAACGCUUAAUCGAUGCAUGGUGGGAUCCCGUCAUGUAUGAACAGAUGCAUAUGCAGUGGGAACACAAGGAGCAGGACGCUUUGGAAUACAUCUACCAAAGUCAAGCCUGGGUUCGCAGUGGUGUAGGCUUCUUGCCACAGCGCAAGAUUAAUGCCUUCCCACCCGGUGCCUGUGGCGACGAUAAUGACCCCGCCGUGCACUACCAAGAGGCAGAACGCGACUUUGUGGUCAAUAUGGCCGGGUGCGCGUUCGGUCGAGACUGUUGGGCUGAGAUCUACAAUUACCGCGCCAUCAGCAAGGAGCAUAAUCGUUCUAAAUGGCAGUGGUUUACGGAUCGACUUGGCUCGGCUCGUGACUGGGCGUUCGGGAAGAAGGACCAGGAUUAAUGGUCAAGUUUACGUUGCUCUUUUACCCUCUUCUUCGUGUUUGACACUAUUUUCUGUUAUUUUUAUGCCUUCAUGUUUGCACGGGCCCGAUACACGCUUAGAUGGUCGGGCAUUGCAUGACACGGACCCAAAACUGGCAGGGCGUCCUCUGGUGGUUUGUACAUUGGGAGUUUUAGGAUUUGCAUUUUUCGGGGGAAUUUCGGUGGUUAGAAUUGGAUUUGCAUAUUCUAUUGAUGUCAAUAGUAUUUUUUUCUUUGGCUCAACUCAAUCCUUUCAUUCAAUAUUGUAA